GGACCCCGAUCUGGUGGUGAAUACGUGGGAGUCACCCAACCUCAGUCUCACGCGAAAUUUCGUGUGAAACGGAUUGCAAUCACUCGAUAUUAUUGUGACAGCAUCUUUCUGCUCCACUCUUCUUCUCCAGGUCAAAUCCUCCAGCUUCAUUAUCCUUGUCCUAUCAUUCUAACAGCUACUCAUCAGUACCUCAUCUUCUGGAGUCCACGUAUAAAGCAUUCAACUCAUUAUUUCAUCACAUAAAAGAAAAACAAGAAACCAGUCAUUUACUGGUAAUUUAAUUCAUAUAAUUAUCUCAAUUGAUUCGUUUUUGGAGAGACUUUUUGUGGUGAAGGAUUGAUAACGACACAAUUGCGAAAGUUAAGUUUUAAUUUUUAGUUUAGGAUUAUUAAUUUAUUUUUUAAUUGUGAAAUAGUGUAUUGGGGAGUUAUUACAUCGGAAUGAGUUAAAAAUGACAGUUCAGUGUUUGCAAAUAAAAUUUUUUAUAAUUUGUUGAGUUCGCUUUUCUACUGGGAGUUCAUCGAUUCGCAGGACCCGUUGACCGAAUUCCCAUUUUACCCCGAGCGCUGCUGUCAAGUGCGCAGUCAUGAAAUCAGAUGAAUUUAAACUGCUAAUAUCAAUCAGAUCAUUCAAAUCUCGUUAGCUUCAUUCAUGGUGUAGUGUCAGCGAGAUGAGGUAAAAUUGAAGAGCUCUCGAGUGAGGAGGAAAGACACUUUCAAAGAGAAGAACAAGGAGCCCACAAUGUCGGUUGGGCCUCGACCUGGGGAUAUGUGAGCUGACAACUCCUGGACUUAACGAGUUAUACAAAAUGCAAGAAAUUUUAGUCAUCAUCUUCGCCAUAGCGUUGGGAUGCAUUCACGGGGAGUCAACGACCCACAUUCCCAUAAAUCGAGGAGCAGCUCGUCAGAUGUAUGGCAGUGGAAGUCUUCGUCAAACGAGUAGUCCCAAUCCAAUAGAUUCAACAGCACCAACAGAUCAUCAAAAUCCUAACAGAAAUGGCCUUCACUCUGGGGAAAAACCGCAUGCUGGGUAUCGAGAUCAUCCAAAGGAUUCAGUCCACGGUUACGGCAACUCAAACACUCGCCAUUCGAAGAGCCACUCGAAGAUCUCAUCAGGUUUUCCAGUGAUUCCCAUGACGGAUGAGGACUAUGAGGCGAAUUUUGAGGCACCGAGCAAUCGCAAUGGUGCAACCGGUGUUGGUAUGCGUAUACCGAAUCCAAAUGGUGGACUUUAUGGACAGGGACCUCCUGGCAUGUCUCGUGUCGGUUUAACCAGAGGCCGCGGACGUGACGGAUUUUAUGGAUCCUUUGAUACCAGUGGCUACUACCGAGAAGUUCCACAUAGAUCAAGAAUAAAUCACGGUGGAAAUCGAGGCCAUGGCAUUAGCUCCAUGGGUGAAGCUAAUUCUGACAGUUUAUCUCCAGAUUUGGUCCACAACUUCGAGGAUGAUAACGACAAUUUGUAUAUUUCUUGCAAAAAUAAUUGUGCGAAUGAUCAGUUCCUCUGUUUGCGCCCUUGUGAGUGCAUCGACGUGCAUCUUCUUUGUGAUGGAAUGCACGAUUGCGACACCGGUGAAGACGAGUUAGACUGCGAGGAGAUCAUCGAGGCGCGAAAGUCCAAUGGCACAUGCUAUGACGAACAGAGACUACUUUGCCCAGAGACCGGAUUCUGCAUUGCAGCAGAAUGGCUCUGCGAUGGAGACGACGAUUGUGGUGAUUUCUCGGAUGAAUCGAAUUGCGGUGUCAAGAAAAAUUGCACACAGGAUCAAUUCGAGUGCAGAAAUGGUCUCUGUGUGCCACAGAGUUGGCGAUGCGACGGUGACAAUGACUGCAGUGACUUUUCAGACGAGGAGAAUUGCACCGAGCGAAAAAAAUGCCGUGAGGAUGAGUUCGCUUGCACGGAUGGCCCUUGUCUACCUCGUAAAUUCAUGUGCGAUGGCGACAGCGACUGCGAUGAUGGCUCCGACGAGUUCAAAUGCUAUGGAAAUCGCGAGGUCGACUGCGGUGAGAAUUAUUUCGUGUGUGCAACGGCAAAAUGCGUCAGAAAGGAAUACCGCUGUGAUGGGAGUGAUGAUUGCGGGGAUGCCAGUGAUGAGGAAAAUUGCCCCAACCUGAUGGACUGCAAUGCAGAUCAAUUCAAAUGUGAAACUGGUGAUUGCAUCAGUAAACUACAGGUCUGCGAUGGCCAGCAUGAUUGCAAUGCCGGUGAAGAUGAAACGAAUUGUGAACAUCCAACGCCCCGGGAAUGUUCAACACCCGAGGAGUUCGCGUGUGCCACCGGAAAUUGCAUAUCCCACUCGUGGGUUUGCGACGGAGUGCCCGACUGUUCCGGUGGUGAAGAUGAGGACGGCUGUCCUCUGACCUGCGAUGCAACCCAGUACCUGUGCAAAUCACCUCCAGACCCCAAUGAAACAGUAAAUAAAACACCGCACAUGCCGUUUCAGCAUACACACGCAUACUGCAUCAACAAAAAACGCCUGUGCGAUGGCAUUCCCGACUGCCCCCUCAAAGAGGAUGAAGAUAAUUGUCCGAAGAAGAGGAACUGCACGUCCAAGGACAAGUGCAAACAACAGUGCAUUCUUACAGCGAGCAAUGAGAACGCUUGCGCCUGUGACUCUGGUUUUAGCCUUUCAGGUGAUAACGUCACGUGCCUGGACAUCAAUGAGUGUGAAUUCAGUAAAGAACCGGUUUGCAGUCAACUCUGCAACAACACGUACGGGGGCUUCGCCUGCGGCUGCAUCACCGGUUAUAUUUUGAGACCGGAUAUGAGAACGUGCAAAGCCAAUGGUGGAAAUCCAAGUCUCAUCUUGACGAAUCGCGUGGACAUCAGAAGAGUCAGUCUGGCAUCAGCAACGGACAACACCUACACACCAAUUCUCAAAGGACUUCACAACGCAAUCGCUGUCGAUUAUCACUACGACAAGGGUCUUCUCUACUGGUCUGACGUAUCGUUAGACAUGAUCAAGAGGGUGUACGUCAAUGGGACCAAUCCAGAGGAUGUCAUUCGCUGGGGAUUGGAGAGUCCUGGAGGCGUUGCCAUUGACUGGAUCCACGAUCUCCUAUUCUGGACAGAUUCGGGCACGCGAAGAGUGGAAGUUAUCACUCUGGAGAGUAAAAUUCGUCAUGUACUGGUGUCGACGGAUUUAGAUAAACCGAGGGGAAUAGCUGUGCAUCCUCAUUACGGCUACGUAUUCUGGACAGAUUGGGGCCCAUCACCGAAGAUCGAACGCGCUGACAUGGAUGGCAGUGACAGGCAGGCUCUCAUCACGGAUGGAAUUACCUGGCCCAACUGUUUGACUAUUGAUUAUCCCACGGAGAGAAUAUAUUGGACCGAUGCAAAACAUCCUGCCAUCAUGUCAGCCAGACUCGAUGGCACUGAUAAAAAGAAAGUGCUGAGCAAAGGGCUGCAUCAUCCCUUCGGUAUCACAAUCUUCGAGGAUUUGAUUUAUUGGACUGACUGGCAUUUUCAGAGUAUCUCCUCCGCGAAUAAGGGAAAUGGAAAGAAUUUCAAGACUAUACGAUCCAAUCUGUACUUUCCCAUGGAUAUUCACAGCUAUCACAAACAACGACAGCCCUCAUAUCCAAAUCACUGUGGAAACAACAAUGGAAGAUGUUCACACAUGUGUUUGCCUAACAGCACUGGAUACAGUUGCGUUUGUCCCGUGGGUUUCAGGAUCAGAUACGACGGCAAAAAUUGUGUUUCAAACAUUGACAAUUUCCUAAUAUUUGCGAGAAAACCAGACCUCAGACUAAUACCCAUGGAGACCCAAUCAACCAGAGUAUUCGAUACUGUAAUUCCGGUUGAUCAUGUACAGAGUGCUGUUGCCCUCAGUUGGGAUCCUGCAGAGGAGAUGAUCUACUGGACUGAUGUUGAAAUGGACACCAUCAGCAGAGCUCAUCUCAAUGGAAGCAAUCAGACUGUCGUAAUUAACAAUAAUUUGGAAUCACCUGCUGGUCUAGCUAUGGACUGGGUCACCAAGAAAUUGUACUGGACCGAUGCUGGAACUAACAGAGUUGAGUGCUCGAAUUUCGAUGGCACCAUGAGGACACUUCUCGUUUACAAGGGACUCGACAAACCUCGGGAUAUCGUGGUAUAUCCCCACACGGGCCACAUGUAUUGGAGUGAUUGGGGGAUCAAACCGAAGAUUGAGAGAGCUGCCAUGGAUGGAAGCAAGCGAGAAGAUUUUAUCGUUGACAAUAUCAUGUGGCCCAACAGUUUGGCCAUUGAUUUCCCUGACAAAAGACUGUAUUGGGCUGAUGGGGGAAUGAAGAGCAUAGAGUACGUGAGUUUAAUUGGCGAGGGUAAACGCACCCGCGUACUCUCCGAUCUUUCGCAUCCCUUUGGUCUUACCCUCAAUAUGGACACGAUCUACUGGACUGACUGGGAUACCAAGAGUAUUCACAGAGCGAACAAGCACACGGGGGCGAACGCUACUGUUGUCAGGGCUCAAUUGGGCAAUCUCAUGGAUGUUCGUGCGAUUCGUCCUAAACGUUACAUCGGCAUUAAUCCUUGCAAGAAUAACGGGGGAUGCUCGCAUCUCUGUCUGCUGACUGUUGAUCCUCCGAAUUACAAAUGCGCUUGUCCCACUGGACUCAUUAUCGAGCCUGGCACUAAUCAGAAGAAGUGCAGAUCAGUGCCCAAUGAAUUCCUUAUAUUUGCUCAUCGUGUUGACAUCAGGAUGAUAUCCUUCGAUGUUAAUUACAGAGUGGACGUUCUUCUACCAGUUAAUUACCUGAAAAAUGCGAGUGGAGUUGAUGUUAAUCGGAGAACUGGUGAGAUCUAUUGGACUGAUCCAGGUCAUGAUGUCAUUGCCAAGUCUAGUUUUGAUGGGAAGAAUGUGACGAAUAUUGUUUACACUAGUAUUGACACUGCUGACAGUCUUGUCGUUGAUUCGGUCGGGCAGAAAUUGUACUGGACUGAUGCUGGAUUGAACAGCAUUGAAGUUUGUGAACUCGAUGGGAGAAAUCGAAAGGUACUCAUAUGGUCGGGAUUGGAUAAUCCGAGGGCCAUUGCUGUGCAUUACGCCAAGGGACUGAUAUUUUGGACAGAUUGGGGUCACAAUGCCAGGAUUGAAAGGGCCAAUAUGGACGGAGAGGAGCGAUCCACUGUUAUUGCUGAUAAUCUUGUCUGGCCUAAUGGAUUGUCCAUUGAUACUCAGAAUGAUAAACUCUACUGGACCGAUGCUAAACGAAAAGUCAUCGAAGUGGCUGAUCUUGAUGGGAGUAACAGAAGGACUUUGAUUAAAAAUAUUCAGCAUCCUUAUGGACUCUCUGUGAUGAAGGAUUCCAUUUAUUGGAGCGAUUGGCAAACUAAAGCUAUUCAUCAGGCUAAUAAGAUAUCAGGCAGUGAUCCCAGGGUCAUUGUAAAUAAAUUGGAGGGCAUUAUGGAUGUGAGAGCAAUAAGUAUGAAUGACAUUAAAGGUCUUCAGGAUGCCUGCGGUGAUGACAACGGCGGCUGCUCUAACUUGUGCCUUCGUAAUCCCCGAGGCUACACCUGUGCAUGUCCAACCGGAAUUCUCUUGAAAGACGACAAGAAGACUUGUUACACGAGUCCAAAGAAUUUCUUACUGUUCGCAGCAUCGAAAUCCCUCGCUCGUAUAUCAUUCGACACAGCGGAGAAGUGGGAAGAGACUCUCCCAAUUUCAGAUAUCCAUCACGCCAACUCCGUGGACUUUCACUGGAACAAGAGCCUCAUCGUCUACUCGGAUCUCAAUCUCAGGGUAAUCAGGACUGUAAAUAUGCAUAAUUUCUCGGACACGAAGACUAUUAUCGCAGAGCCUGGGAAUUCGGAGCAUUCUGAUUCAUCGCCAUUCAAAAUAGCUGUUGACUGGCUGGCGGGCAAUAUCUACUGGACAAACAUGAAGAAGAGGGUGAUAGAAGUUGCUAGAAUCGAUGGAAGCAGUCGAAAGUGUCUGCUGACUGAUUUAGACACGCCCUGGUCAAUCGCUGUUUUUCCUAAACUCGGGUACAUGUUUUGGACUGAAUGGGGAAAAGAGUCGACCAUUCAGAGGGCCUUGCUUGAUGGUACCAACAAGAAGGCAAUCAUCACGAGCAAUCUGUAUUAUCCUAAUGGGUUGAGUAUUGAUUACGAGAAGCGAAAGCUCUAUUGGGCCGAUUCGGUGAAGGACAGGAUUGAAAUGUCAGACUUGAAUGGAAAUUACAGAAUUCAAUUGGUGCCGAGGGCGGAGAGACCUUAUGGAUUGUCCCAGUAUGGGGAGUUCAUUUAUUGGGCUGGGUGGGAUCAGACGAUGGUGAAGAGGGCUGAUAAAACAACUGGCAAUAGCUGGAUCAAUAUUAGAACAUCUCUGCAUGGGAUAAGCGAUGUAAAGGCUGUUUCUGAGGAGAGGCAGAGGGGAUGGUCGCCUUGUGCUGUUGAUAAUGGAGGAUGCACCCAUUUGUGCUUCUUCAUCAAGAGUAAUUAUACGUGUGGGUGUCCCGAUACUCCAAAUCCCAAUUGUUCGACAGUACCAAAACAACGAGUCCCAGUGAGAAAACCUGGCACCGAAAACAAUCCCGAUUAUGACGAGCACAAUGAGAACGAGAAACCAGUGGAAGUAUUCACAAGACCCACUCACAGAGAUGCUAGUGAUAAAUUCAAGAAUUAUAAAAUCAAUAAGGAUAAAGGCUAUGCCACUAUGACAAUUACCAUAAUUGUCAUUAGUGGAAUAACAGUGGUGAUAAUUUGCGCGAUUCUUUACCUCGUGUGUCAGAGGAAGCCGAAGCAAGAGAAGUACAUGUACACAAAUCGGAGAAAUGUUCUGACGUUUUCAAAUCCAAAUUACAAUGCAUCUGUUGCUGACGUUGGACCCAGUAAUCCUCCAGCUGAGAAAAAAUCAUCGAUUUGGAAGAGACUGAAAUACGACAGCUCGCAGGAGAGAGUGUACGAGGACAAUGGGCAGAGCCCGAGCCCUGAAGUUGUGUCACUGAUUCCUCCAUCAGCAACUCCAAGCAGCAGUCGUGCACCCUCUGUUACACCGAGGGAAUCUUCACCCUCACUCAUACAUGUUACACAUCUGAAUGGCUGAGGCCUGGUGGGCUUUGAUGAGAGCGUUUUAUUCAGCAGAAUAGAUCACUCCAUUCAUUUUUAUUUAAAAUUCAUUUUACACCCUCGAAUCCUCUAUUUUUUAGAAUUUUAGUCAUCUAUUUGUAUACAAUCCAAUUUGGCUUUAUCAAUUUUAUAGUUUUUUAUUCAUUUUUCAUUGGACUAUGUUCAAAUUAUUUUUAUAACGAGAACGAAAUGAGGUUGAAGUAUAUUUGUACUGCGGAUAGGCUUAACUGCGGGCUUUCGGAAGGUCAGGAUAUUUUACAGGGAAAUUUCUUUGUCAUGUGGAAAUAUUGAGAGGUAAAGUUUCUAUCAAUUUCUGCUGUACAGUAGACACCUGUUAUAGUCAUCUGUGGAGCAACCCACCAUGUGGAUUUAUCGCGCCCAGAAUUCAAUUCCUCAUUGGACGAAUCAGUGGAUUGUUUACAUCUUGGAGCCCCGGGGUUGUAGAGUGGGAAAACCGAAGGAUACGUGAAAAAGGAAACUGAGGAGAUGAGACUAUAAUGGGAUUCUACGGUAUUUGUGGUUCGCUGGCCGUUGAAAAUUGCGUAAUGUCGAACCCCCAAGUAUUUUUAUAAGUGAUAGAGACUCAAUGAGAUUAUAAAAUUAUGGAUAUAUAUAUUUUUUCUAUGAGAAAUGCUAUUCAAUGAUUGAAUAUUGUUUGAGUGUCCCAGCAGGUCUAGGGCAUUCCAAGGCAUUUGAAUGGCGAAUUUCAAAACAAAAUGGAGGGAUUCGACGCUUGAAGAGCGAACUCUGAAUUUUUUUUAAGGAAGGGACAUUUUAAUUUAUUUGAUUAAUUAUAAUAUGGGAAAAUUAUGAAAGGGAAUGAUAAAUUGAGGACAAGUGAUUCGUGAUCUUCUCACCUUCCGAUAAAACAUGCAACAAUUUAUACCGAAAAGGCAAAUGAAAAUGGCGAUAAAAAAUAUGAAUAAAUCAUUGAAUUCUGUGUCAUGUUAGUGUAAUUACAUCGAUCCUUAGAACGAGUUUUCAUCGAAUUUAGAAAUUCAAUAAAUUAAAUGAAUAAUGGAGAACGGAGAAAUUAUCAAAUACACACGAGUCUCACUGUUAAUCACUGUAAUAAAAUUUUUUGAACAGUUUCAAAGUAACAACUGAUGAUAUAGCGCGGAGAUGAUGGAUGUUAGAACUCAAGGAUUAAAUGUGAUAUGGUGCAGCAACUGAUGGAAAUCUGAUGAUAAACCGUUUAACGAAAUUCGGAAUAUUUCAACUGAUUGCACUCGUAAUUGUGGUGAGCAAUGAUAUUAUUUAUCGCGUGCCGUCCGCCGCUGAUUUUUUGGUCUCUGUUGAAACACCUACUUAUCCUCUAAACCGAUCAAGUUGAGGCACAGCUAGAUUUUUUGUUUGAAUCGGGGGAAAAAAAUGUGUGGAUUGCAUAGAGUGCGUGACUGUUUGACAAAUCGAUGGUCAUUCAAAGUAUUAUUUACACCUUGUAAUAAUAAUUGGGAGAUAAUAAAUAUAAAUGGACGAGACGAAGCUCCAGUGGGUUCAAAGCUCAGGUGAACUCAAGAGCCAACUCUCGACCGAUUUUAUCAAGGUAUUCAAUUAGUCCUGGGGCUGAAUGAUGGAUUCAAAAAAAACUGACAACUAAAAAUAUCAUAAAUUUGUUCAAGGGUGACUGGACGAUUAAAUCGAGAAGUGAUGCGUGAUUAAGAAUUUUUCUAAUUACGAAAAAUUGUUCUCGACGUUCUUGAUUAAUAUUGAUUCAAAUUUUGCGUCUGUUUAUGGUGCCAAAGAGAGGGAAAUAACACGAAGACUAAUAAAGAAGAAAAUAUUGUGAAUGUGUAAAUAAACGUGGAGAAAUAAUUCAACUUAUUAAAAGGCAUUGUAAUAUUUGUAUAGGAGUUGCAAGUAAUUUUAGAAUAAAUAAGGGAGAAUACAUUGUUUAAUAUAUUCAUACAUCAUGCUGCCUCCGCAUGAUGUUGAA